GAUUGGUGUAGAGGCGGAGUUUGAACGGCUGACUGCGGUGAGAGGCGGAGUUUGAACGGUGACUGCAGUGAGAGGCGGAGUUUGACCGGCGACUGCGGUAUAAGCAAAGAUCCUAUAGCUGUAGGAUCUUUGGUCUAAGGAGCCGGGUUGGCUUUUUCGUGCCGGCCCUUGUUUCGAGUGUGUGGAAGAGGUUUGUGGUUGCGGGGAGCGAUAAUGGCGGAACAGAGCCUGGAAAUCGACGGCGGGAUAAUGGAAGGGGGAGGGCAGAUUUUGCGUGUUUGUACGGCGCUAAGUUGCCUUCUAGGAGUGAAGAUAAAAAUACACAAUAUCCGAGCGGGGAGAAGUACACCUGGGCUGAGGCCGCAGCAUCUGUCAGGACUCCAGAUGAUUUGUGAUUUAUGUGAUGGUUGCCUUGAAGAAGCCAAAGUGGGUUCCACAGAAAUCUACUUCACGCCAGGUAAAAUCAACGGAGGUAACCAUGUUGCAGAUACAAAAACAGCAGGGAGCGUCAGUCUAUUAAUGCAGGUCUCCAUUCCGUGUGUUCUCUUUGCUGCUUCUCCAUCACAACUGAUUUUACGAGGAGGCACUAAUGCUGAGAUGGCUCCACAGAUUGAUUAUACUUUACAAGUCUGUAAACCAAUCAUGGAAAAGUUUGGAUUUCAUUUUGACUGUGAUGUAAAAAUGAGAGGCUACUAUCCAAAGGGUGGAGGUGAGGUGAAAGUAAAACUUUCUCCAAUAAAAUGGAUUACUCCAAUAGACAUGACAGAAAGAGGAACCAUUACAAAGAUCCAUGGGAGAGCCUUUGUUGCUGGAGUUCUACCAAUUAAACUUGCAAAUGAGAUGUCAUCUGCAGCCAUGCGGUGCAUCAGGAAAGAAAUGCGUGACAUUUAUGUGAAUAUCCAACCUCUGCAGGAGCCCAAGGAUAAGGCUUUUGGAAAUGGAAAUGGAAUUAUUAUCGUGGCUGAAACGUCUACAGGGUGUAUACUUGCAGGAUCUGCCCUUGGUAAAAGAGGAGUUUCUGCAGACCGAGUUGGGCUUGAAGCUGCUGAGAUGUUGCUGAUGAAUCUUCGACAUGGUGGAUGUGUGGACCAGUACUUGCAGGACCAGAUUAUAAUUUUCAUGGCUCUCGCUAAGGGUGUCUCCAGAGUAAGAACUGGACCAUUGACCCUUCACACUCAGACUGCUAUACACUUUGCAGAAAUGCUAACCAAGGCCAAGUUUACAGUAAAUAAAAUCAAUGAUCAAGAAUCUGGAUCAGAAAGAUGCAUCAUAGAAUGUGAAGGGAUGGGAAUGACAAAUCCCAGCAUCUGAUAUCUGAAAUGUAUAUAUGCAAAAACAGUAGAAGCUGUAUAUUGUCCAGUACUUUGGGGAAUCUUAAUCCUAGUGACUGUUUCAUGUGAGAUUCAAAUUUACAAAAAUAAAUAUUGGAUUGCAAUCCAGCUUUUUUUUCUCUUGUGGAUACACUGCUGUAGGAAGAGAAGUGAACUGGGUAAAAAAUCUAAAAACUAAAGGAGUAUACAGUCUAAUUUGGACGUGAAAAGGACUUGUGCUAUCCAAUAAGUAAUUUAAUCUCAAUAGUAUGUCUCUGUGUAUUCUCUGUGGUGUUUUACUGCUGGUCCAGCAAGAGGAACAUUGCUUUAUAAAAUAGCAGACAUUUAAAAAAUAAAAUUCUGCUUAAUGAU